AUGGCGACUAUCGCUAAUAUAUUGACUUUGAUCCAACAGAACUAUCCCAAAGCUCGUAUGAAUUUGAGAACAUUGCUAGAUAUUGCGGUGGAAAUUAAAAAAGUCACAAAGCAUAACAUUGAGGAGGAGGGUACACCAUCUUUUUAUGUUACUCAAAGGGGUGGAGAGGAUGCCGUAAAUGUCAUUGUAGAAUCUUUGGGUGUUGAGAGUUCCAUGAUACACAUUGAGGCUGCGUUUGUGUUCGAGUCGAGGCUAAGAGCUAAUCUUUUAGGCUCAUUCAAUACUAGAUUAAUCGCUAAAGAGACCUGUAUGACUUUGAAACCAAGCCGAGUCUUGGAAGCCAUUAAGCAAUUGGAAGCAAAAGAUAUUAUGGCGACUAUCGCUAAUAUAUUGACUUUGAUCCAACAGAACCAUCCCAAAGCUCGUAUUAAUUUGAGAACGUUGCUAGACAUUGCGGUGGAAAUUAAAAAAGUCACAAAGCAUAACAUUGAGGAGGAGGGUACACCGCCUUUCUAUGUUACUCGAAGGGAAGCACAAAUCAAUAGUUUCAUAGAUACUUCUGCUCUUGAUGAAUCAAAAGCUUAUCAAACAACAGCUGCUACCUGUUUUAUCCACAAUACGAGGGAAUCUCUUUUGGAAGAAACAGAGGAGAUCUACCAGAGAUGCUUGGCACUUUUUGCCUUGAUGCAUCAGGGUGGAGAGGAUGCCGUAAAUGUCAUUGUAGAAUCUUUGGGUGUUGAGAGUUCCAUGAUACACAUUGAGGCUGCGUUUGUGUUCGAAUCGAGGUUACGAGCUAAUCUUUUUUGCUAG